GGACCGAAGAAGAAAAGAUGGACCACCUAGGGCAGCAUGUGUCAUUGAGCCUGGGACGAGACAUAAUGGCCAUCGUGGCCACGGACCGAUCCUAGAAGGAGACCCGGGAUGUAAUGAUGAGGAAGUACCUGGCAUCGGAGAAAAUGCCAACGGAGGUCGACUUAGCGACAAUCCAGAGGAAGAACUUUGCAACGUACAAUGACUUCCUACGGGAGUUUACCUUGGUAGCACUAAGGAUCCCCGGGGUUAUGGACCGGAUAAUGAGAAAAUACUUCCUCAGGCAGUUCUCCGAGUUCGACAAGGACAAGAUCCUGUCGACUUACCAACAGACGAGCAAGUUUGUAAACACCAGGGAUGUGGAUUUUAGUACGGUAGCGGAUCUGGCCGAGAAGACAGUAGUGACCGAGACAUUGGCCUUGCUCAAGGAAGGGGAAGUCAUAGAUCUGACUGUAGGACAGACGACAAGGUCAUUAAAGGGAGAGAUAUUCGGACUGCAGGGAAAACAGGUGAAUUGGAAUUUGCCAAGGGGAAUGCGACGAGCUAUUAUCAUGCUCAAUGGGCUAGAGAUAGCGACCGUAAAGGCUGAGUCGGUGGUCAAUAUCAUCUGGGAUCAACUUCGGGGACGUGGGCCGCAGGUAAACUUCAUUCUGGAAAAUGACGGACGUGAUAGGGUGAAUGCGACUACUCGGCUAGGGACGGCUGGGAGAAGGAUUAUCCAUGACACCGUGAUGGAGGAGGUCGUUGGAAGCUCCGUACCCCAGGCAGAGCCCGAGGCCAGGGAACCAGAGAAAGUCUAUGGGAAGCCUAGGGAAGAGGAGCCUACAAAGAAAGUUACUGCUGCUAAAAAGAAGUUUAGGUAUCAAAUCCCGAUCUUAACCAUGCCUGAGAUCGAUGACACCCUUAGCAAAUUACUAGGAACCAUGGUGUCGGUGUCGUUUCAGACCAUGCUGCAGGCCAGCCCUAGGUUGCUCAAAGGGCUUAGACAACUGUUGACUUGGUGGCGAGUAGAGAUAGACGAAAACCCCGAAUCACCGAAAGAGGAAAGGGAGGAGGAAGCUCCGCAAGAAGUCGUGAACCUUCAAAGGAGUCGUGGGGAUUUGGAGGAUCUCGAGAAAGCCUUUGCGGACAUCCGCCUGAGCUUGCUAGACCGAGAAGGUGGCGAGGUCAUGAGGGCACCUCCUGGAACAAAACUCAGUUUCCAUGCGUUACCCGUAGGAAAGUUGAAAAUGCAGAUCGGGACUCAUCAUACCGACGCAUUAGUAGACGGGGGAGCGGAAAUCACUCUCAUAAGGAGAGAUUUCGCAACAAUCACGGGUUGUAUGGUAAAUAAGGAAGUAACAGGGAGCAUCCGGGGAGCCGGUGGGAAAAUCCCGUUCGUCGGGUAUGUCACGAAAUGCGCAGUCAAGGCAGGAAUCAGGGAGUCAAUCUGGUCGUUUCAACGGAUGACGAUUGUUGAGCCUAUCCGGGCCAUAAUUAGAGAAGAAGGGACCAUGGACUGGACAAAGGAGCGAGAAGAAGCCGUACAAACCCUCAAGGACAUACUGACAUCGGAGCAAGUCACCUUGUCAGCACUCUGUUUUAAUGACGAAGUGGGACGACCAUUCAUCCUAGAAAUGGGUGGAGGACCAUUGGCCGUAGGAGGCGUACCGAUUCAAAGGGAUGAGGAAGGAAACGAAAGGCCAAUCAGGUUCGAAAGUAGAACCCUGAACUUCGCAGAACAGGAGGUUCUAGCCAUCUUGCAUUGCCUCAAGAGCUUUCAGGCCUACCUAUUUGGGAGGCGGUUCAUCCUUAGGAUCGAUCCGACGAAUGUUGCAAGGGCCUUAAUGAAUUACCGGCGUAUAAAUCCGACGGUGGGGAGAUGGGUAGGAUUUAUCUGGCAGUUCGAUUAUAAGAUCGAACGGAUUGCUGGAAUCAGAAACGAGGUCGAUGGGAUGAGUCGGGUCUGCAUCACUCCCGAAGGGGUGGAGGAUGCGGAGCCCAUAGACGCAUUUCUCGAACACGAAGGAUGAACUCUUGCGGUGGAUAACGAGA